AUGAGAGUUAACUCGUUUGUUGAUAAUCCCAGGUCACGUGAUCAGAAUGUGUACACUAAACCCAUCCUGCAGGAAUUAUUGUACUUACAAAUGACCAAGUUGGUGGGGAGCGACCCGGUGGAGUUCCAGCGUCCAGAGUAUUUCGCUGAAGUACCAGAGAACACCACCCGCGACCUUCUGCUGCGACUCUCUGCCAGAGUCCAGAGUCCAGGUGAGGCGGUGGAGUACAGGAUCACGGAAGGCAACGACGGUGACCUCUUCCACUUGGACCCUCUCACAGGACGCCUCUCGCUGCUUCAGCCUCUUGACUUCGAGCACACUCAACAGCACGAGCUUGUGGUGGAGGCGCGGGCUGGGGAGGCCAGGAGCCAGGCGCGGGUGGUAGUGCGUGUGGUCGACCAGAACGACCACGCCCCCGUCUUCCCCAGGGCGCUCCAUGAGACCCAGAUCACCGAGGAGGACGACAGACAUCUACCUAAGGUCAUCCUCAAACGAGUGCGGGCGGUGGACGGCGACGCUGGCCGCUACGGUCAGCUCACCUACAGUGUGGAAGGAGACGGCAUCUUCCACAACGGGACGCGCUCCUGCUUCGCCGUCGACGCCGCCACUGGCACCGUCCAGCUGCUGAGACCCCUGGACCGUGACCCACCCCACGGCCGGGCUCAGUGGCGACUGCGGGUGACUGCGUCGGAUGGCGAGCUGGAGACGCACACUGACGUACGCGUCAACCUCAAGGACGUCAACGACAACGCUCCGUACUUCCCCUCCCACACCACCACCACCACCAUCUCCGAGGACACGCCCAAAGGAGCGUCUGUGGUGCAGGUGGUAGCCACGGACCACGACGACCCCCAGGAGGCAGACAACGCCAAGGUGACGUACUCGCUGGAGAAGAACGCCGUGGACGAGUCGAGCGGGAGCCCCAUCUUCAGCAUCGACAGUCAGCUGGGGCUCAUCACCACGGCGCUCUGUUGCCUCGACCGCGAGAAGACUCAACGGUACACCGUCCAGGUUGUGGCCACUGACGGCGGUGGCCUCAAGGGGACAGGGACGGUAGUGGUGGAGGUGGGGGACGUGAACGAUGUGCCGCCAAGGUUCUCGCGGCCAGAGUGGACGCUGGACGUGUCUGAGAGUCUGACCCUGGACCAAGUCCUCGCCACCCUCACCGUCGUCGAUCAGGACGUCUCCAACAACUUCUCCUUCAGGGUGGUGCCUGGCAGUGGGCGUGGGUGGCAGAUGUUCCGGGUGGAAGGUGGGCAAGGCCCAAGGGCAGCGCCCUGGGGAAACCUGAAGGCGACAGAACCUCUCGACUUCGAAGACCCCGAUCACAGACGAGGAUUCCGCUUCCAGGUUCAGGUUACCGACAUGGGGGAGGAGGGGUGGACGGUGCCGGGCCACGUGGCAGAGUCGUGGGUGAAUUUGAACCUUGUGGACGACAACGACAACGACCCCGUCUUCAGCGAGGACCACGCCUACCUCACCCUACCGGAGGACACGCCCCCAGGCACCCUUCUCACCACUUUCACUGCCCUCGACCCAGACAAGGGAGGACACAGCCGCGUGCGCUACAAGAUAGCAGAGGACAGUGACCCCAGACGACAGUUCAGUGUAGACGGGUCGGGGGCGGUCUGGGUUGUGGGCGGCCUGGAUCGCGAGACAGCGGCCGCCCACUCUGUUCUGGUGUGGGCGGUGGACGAUGGCACCCCACCCAGGACUGCCACAGCCACCCUCACUGUGAACGUGACGGACGUGAACGACAACCCGCCGUUCCUGGCGGAGCCUCGGGAGGUGGAGGUGGUGGAGAACGGCGGGGCCCAGGUGGUGGCCCGGGUGAGGCUUGGGGACCCUGACGACUGGCGCCAGGGCCACGGGCCGCCCUUCACUGUAGCCCUCGACCCCAGGGCGCCCCAGCACGUCCUCGACACCUUCAGGGUCACCCACGACAAGAGAGGGGACGAGGGGCGUGGCGUGGGCGUGGUGUGGGCGCGGGCGGGGCUAGACAGGGAGGAGCGGCGCUCCCUGCUGGUGCCGCUGGUGGUGGCGGACGCCGGCUGGCCGCCCCUCACCGCCACCGCCACCCUCACCGUCCAUGUGGGCGACCUCAACGACAACCCCAUGACCCCCGCCGCCAAGACUGUCACUGUCCACACCCUCCAGCCACAGGGGAGGCCGGUGCCCCUGGGGAGAGUGUACGUCCAGGACCCCGACGACUGGGACGCCGCCGCCAAGACGUACUCCUGGAGACACCAUCUGUCUGGCUUCUUCCUUGACACUGACACCGGCGACCUCACUAUGGCCCCCGGCACUCCUGACGGCCGGUACGAGCUGGGAUUCCUGGUCAGUGACGUCACUCAAGGUCAGAUGGACAUCGAAGCCAACGUUACUGUCAAGGUCACUGUACUUGACCCUCGUGACGUCAUGGAUGCCACGCCCCUCACAUUGGCUGUCGAUAGUCAUUGUGUGGCGAGGGAGGAGGGAGAGGGAGGAACGACUAUAUUGAGCCGUCUGGUGGAGGCGGCGAGGGCGUGGCUGGAGGACGAGGGCGUGUUGGCCGUGUCGGUGGAGCCCCUGGCAGGACACACGCCCACCACUCGGGUCUGGCUCACCUCGUCUGCCCACGCCAACAUCAAUCAACUUGUGAUGUACAAGAAGCACGAGCUGAGCCAAGCCGCAGGAGUGGCUAUAAGAGACGUGGGUGUGGUUACUUGCAACCAGAGCAGCCACCAGGCCGUCGACGGGGUGGGCAGGUGUGUGAGCGGGUGUUGGGUGACCCUGGGUCAAGGGUACACUGUCGUGGACGCCAACACCUCGGCCCUAGUGGGACCCAGCAUGGUGGUCCACACUGCCUGUGGUUGUGGACACACUACACCUGCUACCCACGACACCUGCACCCCCUACACCUGUCUUAAUGGUGGCAGAUGCAUUGCAACCUCCACAGGUACCAGGUGUAUUUGUCCACACGGAACCUGGGGCUCCCGUUGUAAGGUCAUCGUCAGGCACUUCGAGGGGGGCGGGGGAGAGCAAGACGAAGGAGGAGGAACCCGUGACAUCUCUGUGGGCGGGUGGGCGUGGGUGCCGCCCAUCCCACCCUGUGCCGAAGUCCACAUGAGUCUGGAGGUGCUGACCAGAUCCAUGGCGGCCACGCUGCUGUAUUCAGGACCGGACCAGGGGGCACCAACCCCAGGGACCGAGGAGAGCCCCGCAAGGGACCUGUUGCUGUUGGAGCUGCGUCAGGGCCGUCCGUCUCUCCUGCUGGACCUGGGGGACGGCCCUGUCACCCUCGACCUCAACGCCUCCUACUCCCUGGCAGACAACACCUGGCACAGGAUCGACCUCAUAUGGAGAGUGGAGUUAGUGGAGAUGAUUGUGGACUUGUGCACGGGCGGCGGCCUGGACGAGCCGCCAACACCGCCCACUAGUCCCGCCCACAACCAUUCCGCCCCACACACCCAGCCUGACGCCCGCGCCUGCAGGGGUACCGCUAAACUGCCAGGAGUCGCCCACGCCUUCAAUACCGGCGGGCCACUGCAGUUGGGCGGGCUGGCUCAGCCACUCCCCACCCACACCGCCAAUGGAAACCCUCCACCCAUCCGCCCACCUCACCUUCGAGGAUGCAUCAGGAACCUCAGACUCAACGGCCAGCUGGUGGACCUGGGCGGCGGCGUCCUCGGCCAGGGCAGUUACCCCGGGUGUCCUGCCGCAGACUGCCUCUCCAGCGGCGUCUACUGCGGCCUCCACGGCAGGUGCCAGGGGUCGCCUGGCUCCCUGCGGUGUGAGUGCCUGCCGGGGUGGGCGGGGCCAGGCUGUGCCACGCCCACCACGCCCACUACUUUCCUCCCCAACAGUUACGUGAAGCUGGCCCUCUCCUUCACGCCCCUCGGCUACACCACCACCAUCUCCCUCAGGUUCAGGACGCGAAGGAGAGGAGGAGAACUGGUGGUGGUGACGUCAAAACAUGGGCGGGACAUGUGGGCGGUGGAGAUGGUGGGCGGCCGCGUGUGUGUGGUGCUGCGUCUCCACCCGCGACCCACCACCUCCCUCUGUCUCUCCCGGGCCGCCCUCGCUGACGGCCGCUGGCACUCUCUCCUUGCUGCAAGGUACGGCUCAGCGGUCUUCCUGACGGCUGACGACGGCGACGGGGACCUGUACAACGCCUCGGUGGUGUUGGAGGGACGCCAGCUGCUGCAGGUGGACAAGCAGGAGGGCGUCCACGUGGGAGGCACGCCCGAGUUCCUCGAUGUUAGUGUUUUCAAGAUCCAUGGUGACUUCUUCGACGGAUGUAUGGACGACCUGAGGAUCUCCGGGCGGAGGAUACCACUACCGCCAACGGUCAACAGCACAGCCUGGGGUCAGGCCAGCGUGUUCCAGGGCGUCGAGCAAGGGUGUGGGGCUCCUCCUGCAUGUGCCAACGUCUCCUGCAGGCCCCCGCUCUCCUGCGUCGACACCUGGAGGUCCUACCAUUGCGGGUGUGGUGAGGGCCGGGCGCUGAGCAGUAGUGAGGAGACGUGUGAGGACGAGGACGAGUGUGUGUGGCGUCCUUGUCUUAACGGAGGCACCUGCUUCAACACCCAGCCAGCCUACGUGUGUGCGUGUCCGGCGGGGUUCAGCGGACAACACUGUCACCUGCCAGACGUGGGGGAGACUUCACUAAAACUGCCGCUCGGGAUCCUGGUGACCAUUGUCGUCUGGUGCACAUUUCUCCUGCUGCUGAUCUGCGCCUUUCUGCUGCAUCAGCACCACCGCCGGUCGGCGCUGCGCAGAGGCGCCGCCGACAACAAGGAAGACGCCGUCAGUUGUAAGCAACAGGUUUCCCCGCCCUGCAACCACACGCCCAACCUGCUGGAGCUGCAGCUGUUGACGCCGCCCAAAGCCAACGGUCAGCCAGCCUGGACCAAGAACCCCAACAUAGCAGACGUGGACGUUCUGCAAGUAGAAGUACCAACUCUGUCGAGCAGCGCGCAAAUCCGCCAACAACAAAUUGGCGUUAAAGAGUCGCAACACCAGCGAGAAGGCAGCCGUGAUGCGGGGAAGAGGAACUCUUGUGCCGAAGGCAGAUCGAACAGGGGAUGUGUAAGCAGCCCUCCAGCCGGGGACGACCUGAGGAACUACGCUUACGAAGGUGAAGGUUCCUCCCCUGGAUCAUUGUCCUCGUGUCUGGAGAGCUGCAGCGGAAGUGCCAAGUUCUUAGGCGGCUUCUGUGAGGUGGCCCAGAUGGUGGAGUCCUGACACGUCACUGGGUCGUGCUCGAACCAAUCACAAGCAGAAACAGAGACCAGCACGACGGCCACACUAAAAUACAGACACGAUUCACCAACUAACAUUGUCCAAGAAACGGAUGGAGAGGACGUUGGUCUCCUCAAUCAGCCAAUCGACUAUAAAUCAACAAUUUCAAGCCCGCAAAGUCCUGUGGCAAGGGACAAAAACUCUCCCAAGUAUUCUCCCACGAGAACUUCAACAAUGACCUAUUGCUGAUCAGACGCGAGCGAUUACAGAGCAUGAUCCAGUGGAAGCACGAUCCCUCCGUUCCGUCAAACUACAGUAGUGAUGGAUUAACUGACGAUGAUUUUCAAGAAAAGUUACCGCACGUAACGGUCUGCCUUGCUUUAGAGUACAGUGUGGUGAAAGACUUGAGAGGGAGCCGCUACACAGUCUUUCUGGUUUGACGCCUUUUGAUAAUUACUUUCCCCCUCCCUGUCCAGCUCGUUGCUGCUGUGAGGGGCUUGGUGGGCGGCUGCCGGAGUGUGAUGCUCCUUUAGGCGGUCCCAUGUACUU